GAUCAUAUCAGUCGCUGGAAUCUUGGAGCAAUCUUUUCAUGUCAUAUUCUGUGUCAUUCCAUAUUUACAAACACGUGGGAUAAUGCAUUGGCUUAAAGACUGAAAUGUGAAGUGAAAACCGUCCUCUUUUGAGGAGUCUUACAUUGUUAUAACGUUGGAGUCAUUUCUGCCGGUUUGGUUAUAACGGUGUUUGUAUUGGAAAGGGGACAUUAACAUUUCAUGAUGGUGCUGGAGAUGGGUCGGAUGCUGUUAAGGCUUGUGUGGCCUGUGCCCCUCCUCGCCCUGGCCGUGGCCCUCAGGCACGCUGGGCAGUGCCCUGAAGGAUGUAACUGUCGGACUAUCAUCCACGAGGGUUAUCACACCAACUGUAGCUACAUGGAGCCGGACAGGAUACAUCGAAUAAUGAAUGAAUUACCACCAACAACGAAUAGACUCUAUCUCGUCAACGAUGGCAUCACAUCGCUCCCACCAGACUCAUUCAAACAUAUCAAGCAGCUCCUCGCCUUAUAUCUUGCGGGGAACAAUAUCACAGACGUGUUGACCAUCUUGAGUAACAUCCAUGAGAGCAAGCGAGAUGCGAUACAAUAUCUAAAUCUCAGUUCCAACUCGAUUGAACUUCUUCCACCAAACAGUCUGGCAAGUUUAGGAAACCUGCAGGAUUUGUACCUCAACCAUAAUAACAUCAUUGGCUUGGGUGACGACUCUUUACAUGGAUUACAAGAGCUGCUCACUUUAGAAUUGCAAUGGAACGAACUCACAAGAAUCACUGGAAGAGUAUUUGGAAAUCUACCAAAACUUGAACAUCUGCAUUUGGAUCAUAAUAAUAUUGAGCUCAUAGAUGAUAAAGCUUUUUCAAACCUCGCUCGACUUCAAGAAUUGACACUUAGCUACAACCAGUUCAAAAUGAUUAUGAGUCGGCCUGGUGUGCUGUAUGGGCUGAAGAACCUGAAUGCUCUUGACCUUGAUGCCAACAACAUUACAACUGUGCACAGAGAUUUCUUCAAGUUGACACCAAAGCUUGGAAGGCUAACGCUCCAGCGGAAUGAAUUGAAAGAAAUCCCAAUCGCGGCUCUCAGUGGACUUACAAAUCUACAUGUUCUUUACCUGUCCCAUAAUGAGAUCGAGGUGGUGCCAGAUGGGAUCAGCCUGCUUGGUAAUCUCCAGAUGGUGUACCUUGCCCACAAUAAAAUCUGGGAGGUGGAGCCCAUGGCAUUGACAGGCUUGAACAACCUGAAAAACCUGUGGCUGAACCAUAACUUGCUGACGACACUUCCGGAGAACCUUAUGGACCGUUUCCUGCAUAUGCGAUAUGGACCACUGUUGUUGCGCAAUAACCCUUUCCGAUGUGAUUGUCACCUGAUUUGGUUAGCCCGGUGGAUCCAGCAACAUAACAAGCGCCGUUCUGUUAAUAGCUCAGUGGUCAUGCCAGAGUGUAACACCCCAUCCCGCUUCAGUGGGGUCCCCCUCACAGAGAUCAAGCUGGAGGACAUGGUCUGCGAUUUCAUGCCUGAGAUCUGUGUCGACCCACCGUGUGCCCAGCUUCGACUCGAGAUCUGUGACUCAAGCAAACCGACUCAAUCGUGUGUGUGUGUCACAGCAGAGCGAAGACGUUGCCAUGUAUGUCCGGCUGGCUCAUAUGGUGAUCAUUUAACUACUAGGAAGGGCCACCAAUGUAUGUCGUGUCCUUCCUUCUCCUCCAGCCCCUAUGGCUCCACAUAUUCUAGUCAAUGUCAAUGCCUACCAGGCUACACAAAGACAGGAGAUGAGUGUGUGGCUUGUUCUGUUGGUACGUACAAGUCGGUCGCUGGAUCAGGUCCCUGCCUGAAAUGUGCCCUUGGGUCCGAGGCCAUUUAUGAGGCUUCGGCUUAUUGUGACUGCCAAGCAGGAUAUACGAGGCACAAACACGCUACAUGUCAACCUUGUAAGGCUAACUUUUACAAGUCCUACCCAGGCCCUUUGCCUUGUAAAGCGUGUACGGCAUACUCGACCAGUCCAGAAGGGAGCACAAGUAAAGAAGACUGUAACUGUACAUUUGGGAUGUUUGAGUCUAGUCUGCGAGCAGGGGAAUGCAUGAGCCGGGUGAACGAGGAGAAGAUAAGUCAUGGAGUAAUGACUGACAGCCCGAAAUUCAAGCAUGAGCACCUGCUCUAUGGGAAGCAACAACACAAUUUUGAACAGAUUGGUGGAAUCAUUGGAGGAGUCCUUGGUCUGGUCAUCAUCACAGUGCUGCUUGCUGUCUGUCUCAAGAAGAAGAAGAAAGCUGCCAAGGAAGACAACCCAUUAUACGGGGAGCAAGAACCAAUGGCUAGCAACACCAUAGAUCUUCAACAUGCCCAGUCGAUGGACAACUUAUAUGUCAAUACCACUAUGCUUAACAAGUGGGUUAUUAACCGUAAGAACAUUCAGUUUGGUCCAUUAAUCGGACAAGGUGCUUUUGGGCAAGUUUUUGCCGCGACUGUCAGCAGUUUACAUGGAAGCCAGACUCCGGUCCAAGUGGCAGUUAAGAAGCUAAGAGGUGACGCAACAGCUGAAGAGCGUGAAGCACUGAGGACCGAACUGGAACAAAUGAUGUACGUGGGAGAGCACCCUAAUGUGAUCAAUCUGAUAGGGGCUUGUACCCAAUCAGGUCGCCUGAUGAUUGUAAUGGAGUACGCAGAAAAUGGUAACUUACUGAAUUAUAUUAAAGACAAGAGAGACGAGAAAGGCACAGAGUAUGCUGAUGUGGUGGUCGGGACAGAGGAGGGGACGGUCAUAACACGGUCUAGCAGGAAGUAUACCAUCAUGCAGGAUCAGGAACUUAUUUCAAUAGCUUGGCAAAUUGCAAAAGGGAUGUCACAUCUUGCUAAAGUGAAGUGCAUCCAUCGUGAUCUUGCUGCCAGGAAUGUCCUGCUGGAUGAGAACCUCAUUGCUAAAGUCUCCGAUUUCGGACUGGCGAGAGAGGUGUAUGAAAACGGGUAUUACUUUAAGGAAUCCAAGGGUCGAGUGCCAUUCAAAUGGAUGAGUCCAGAAGCAUUACUGAGCGGUCAGUACACCACCAAGAGCGAUGUCUGGUCAUAUGGGGUGUUGCUAUGGGAGAUAGCAACGCUGGGAGCAGUGCCUUAUCCGGGCAUCCCGGUUGAACAGGUGUAUGAGAUGUUAAAGACUGGUUAUAGGAUGUCCCGUCCUGACUACUGUGAUGAAGAAAUAUACACAAUAAUGCUGCAGUGCUGGCGGGAGGAUCCCGCAGCCAGACCUUCCUUCCAAGAGUUGGUCGACAAGAUAGAUCGACUCCUACAGCUUGCCACAAACCAAAUGUACCUUGACCUGCAGCCUGACACAGACUGUAUGUUCUACGGGCACACCAGCCAUGACAUGUCAGUGAGGCCAGGAAGGACUAGGCCACGCGUGCCAGUUCACAUGGACCCAUACUGCCGCACAGACACUCCAGAUCGGGAGGAGAUGCCCUUACCUACGUGAGGGUUUCUUGAUUGGGAGGAGAUGACCUUACCUACAUGAGGGUUUCUCCUGAAUGGGAGGAGAUGACCUUACCUACGUGAGGGUUUCUUGAUUGGGAGGAAAUGACCUUACCUACAUGAGGGUUUUUCCUGAUUGGGAGGAAAUUACUUUAGUUAUGUGAGGGUUUCUCCUGAUCAGGAAGUAAAUGCCCUUGGUCCCUUCAGAUAUUGCGGACUUCUAUCAUAUCUGGGACCAGAUGAAUACGUUUUUGUACAUUUUGAACAUCAGUUCUGAUGAUUAUUCAGGUUUCUCAUAUGAUGAGCACAGUUUCUGAUACCACGAAUGUGUUUGACCUGCUGUGAUGAGCACAGUUUCUGAUACCAGGAAUGUGUUGAACCAGCUGUGAUGAGCACAGUUUCUGAUACCAGGAAUGUGUUGAACCAGCUGUGAUGAGCACAGUUUCUGAUACCAGGAAUGUGUUGGACCUGGUGUGAUGAGCACAGUUUCUGAUACCAGGAAUGUGUUGAACCAGCUGUGAUGAGCACAGUUUCUGAUACCAAGAAUGUGUUGAACCAGCUGUGAUGAGCACAGUUUCUGAUACCAGGAAUGUGUUGGACCUGCUGUGAUGAGCACAGUUUCUGAUACCAGGAAUGUGUUGGACCUGCUGUGAUGAGCACAGUUUCUGAUACCAGGAAUGUGUUGAACCAGCUGUGAAGAGCACAGUUUCUGAUACCAGGAAUGUGUUGGACCUGCUGUGAUGAGCACAGUUUCUGAUACCAGGAAUGUGUUGGGCCUGCUGUGAAGAGCACAGUUUCUGAUACCAGGAAUGUGUUGGACCUGCUGUGAUAAGCACAGUUUCUGAUACCAGGAGUGUGUUGGAACUGCUGUGAAGAGCACAGUUUCUGAUACCAGGAGUGUGUUGGACCUGCUGUGAUGAGCACAGUUUCUGAUACCAGGAAUGUGUUGGACCUGCUGUGAUAAGCACAGUUUCUGAUACCAGGAGUGUGUUGGACCUGCUGUGAAGAGCACAGUUUCUGAUACCAGGAAUGUGUUUGCGUUUGUGAAGUUGAUCCCAGAUGAGCACAAAUUUUAUAUACUUUCUGUGCGUAGUUCAGCCCUCAGAUAAGUUUAAAAGACAGGCAUUUUUUCUAACCUGAUAGAGCCAACUUUUACUGCCAGUUUCAUGCUCAAGUUCAUGAAUUUGUACUUUAUUGCAAUGUCUGUCAUAACGUGCUUUGUCUCAAAAUGGGCAGUGAAUGGGGAAUUUGAUUGAUGAAAUAAGAGUAGCGUGUCUGUGAAUCGUCAAGUCAGACCAGAAAUGGAAUGGCCAUUAUCUUAUGAAAACAAAUUGUUAUGACAUUGGAGAAAUGUAAACUUAAUGUGACUUUAUCAGUUGUCACAGUGGGCUGUCGUUGGAAACUAUUUAAUCAACAUAUAUUACUCUGUGCCUUUAAUUUGUACGUAAAAAUCCAUUGAUGAAUACAGAUGAAAUACGUUA